AUGGCGCCCAAAUUCCUCAGCAAGCUGGUCAAGGCCACAACCCCAAGCCCAGCAACAACGACGACCAACGACGACCCAACAACGAACGCAUUAACGACCGAGACGAAAACAUCUAAACGACAUUCCCGGGACCGCUCCGGAUCCACGAAAUCAGGGAAAUCGCGGCAGCCAUCAGUCGACACUUCUUCCUCACAGUCACCACGAACCAGCUUCCAGUUUGGUUUCCCGACUCUAUCCAGAAAUAAGGCGGCCUCCACUCCUUUGGCGCCCAAAGACGAGAACAACACCCACAUUCAUUCAAAUUCUUCUUCAAGUUUACACAAAAAGGGAGACAGCGUUGCGACAUCGCCGGCACCACCAGUCCCACCGCUUCCAGAGACCUUGACGGUCGCUGAAGGGUCCAACGCGCCGAGGUCACGAAGGAAUUCGAUCAUUUCUGUCUUUGGUGGAAAGAACAAGGACAAGCCGAUCGUGCGACUCCAACACCCAUCAACUGACACACCACCGUCCACCGCACACUCCGACCCUUUCCCGACCAACUCGACCAACGGCGACAACGACAUCCCAGCCGUUUCAAUCGUCGCAAGCCCCAGCAGAGAGAGUCUAGCCACAACCAGCACGACUCUUGGCGUGACGAUCAUCCCACCGUCACCGCUUCUCUACGCGUCCAGCUUAACCGACACCCACUCUGGUUCCUUCGACCUCGACCAAGACGUGGAAGAGACCCCUGUAGACAAACAGCUACACGACAAGAAAGAACCGCGGGACGAUUCACAGCCCAAAUCGGCGGAAGACCCAGCUCCAACACCUGUAACCGCCACCGCGAUCGUCACCAGCCCCACCACGAGUACAGAAAACACAAGUGCCUCAGUCCUCGUUUCGUUCUUAGGAAGACGGCCACGCACGGCCUCCAUCUCAUCUGCUAUCAGUGGCUACAUAACAGGAGCAGUUUCAAAGCCUACAACCCCGCCGGAAGACAAGUCUACACCAACCACUACACCGACUACCGCUACGACUAUCAAAGCUAACCCCUUCCAACUCGAGGAAAACAGUGACGACAUCCCGCCUGUUCCCUCUGUUCCCGACACCGUCGACAACAUGGCACGUUCCAACCAUGCCACACUUGCUCCUGAACACGAAGUCCAACGUAAAUCGUCGUCCCGUUCCUUAAACAAUGUACCGCCUCCUCUGGACCUCAACCAGCCCAAUUUCCCGACCAACUUGCUCGGCAAACGUAACGGCCACAGCAACCAUGCUCGCGCAGCAACUUCCCCUCCCAAUGCCUUCCCACAAGAGGAAUCUACGGGCACUAUCACCGACUCCAUUGUCGAAAGCCCAACCGCGAUGAAGAUGCCCGAAUAUCCCACCCCGGUGACUGCGGGCUCGACCAGAGAUGGAAAAUCUGCCGGUGCGGGUGCAACCACUGCGCAAUCCGCAGGUAACAACGGAGGAGGGAGCGGUUUCGCCAGCCUUUUAUCACCCCGGAAGGUCGACGACGAUGCGGCCUCCAUCAUCAGUACCUCCUCGAAGAUGUCCCCCGACAAGAAACGUUCGUGGAAGAGGAGUAUGACGAGAAAGCCGACUGGGUUGGCGGGUGCCAUUGCGGCUAGUGGAUUGGCGAUUGCGAACCCGGGUGUGUCGCCUGUGUAUCAGGCACAGGCGAGUCCACCGCUUGUUCAAUCCGUGUCCUCGGGAUCUGGAAGGCCGAAGAGUCCCAAUGCAAGCUCACCCUACCUGAGCAAGAGUCCGUCGAGGAGCGCGACAUCGACUGGAGCGAAGAGUAGCAAGAGCGUGACUUCCCCCAAAUCAUCUAAAUCGACGAGUGGGAUUAGGAAGUCGAGCGGAAGCAAGAGUCCCAAUCCGAGUCGAGCGCAUACCAUCAAUAGCGCAGGAGGCAGUCGAAAACACCAUCGGAGACCUUCAGCUUCAGCCUUCUCGGACGGUGCAUCUUCGUAUGGCGGCAACCUCAGCACCGCUGGCCUGUCGGAAUAUUACUCGGGGGAGAGCGAUGGCGGUGUAUCGAGGAUUAGCCGAAGGAGAACUCAUUCUGCAGCGGGGAGCGGAAACGAGAGUGAUACAGAGGAUGAGACGGACAGCAGCGAUGACGACAGUAGCGAAGAUGACGAUUUCCUCGACGACCUGAAUCUCGAGGACGAUGACAUGCCCGUGACCGGGUUCGCUGUCGCCAGCAACAAGAGAAACGCCGACUUCCAUGAACUCUUCCCCAACAUCCCAGAAGGAGACUAUCUCAUUGAAGACUACGGCUGCGCCCUCCAGCGCGAAAUUCUCAUUCAAGGUCGCCUCUACAUCUCCGAAAACCAUGUCUGCUUCCACGCCAACAUCUUUGGAUGGAUUACCGAUCUGUCAAUUCCCAUAUGCGAAAUCAUCUCGCUGGAAAAGAAGAUGACCGCCUUUGUCAUCCCCAACGCCAUCCAAAUCACCACGCGGCAAGCUAAAUACUCGUUUGCUUCCUUCCUCUCGCGCGACACGACUUUCGACGUUAUCUAUAAUAUCUGGCGCGUUUCGAGGCCAGACGACGUACAGUCUAUACGCAGUGGGCGUGGUUCGCUGGAAGGUGGAAGCGCAAGUUUUAUCAGCGGGGCCGGUGGCAGCGCGACUGGUCUAGCUGAAGGCGCUGGCCAGAGUAUGAAUGGCGGUGUGGUUAAUGGUGCUGGCGGGGCGGGCGGCAAGCAGGGUGUGACAAGGAAGGCGACGCAGUGUGGGUGUGGAAGAGAAGGCAGGCAUUAUACGGAAACGGCACUUGAAGCGGUGUUCCCUGGUUCUCCAGAGAAGAUACACAACCUUAUAUUCGCCAGCGGGUUCAUUAAAGAGUUCCUCGUCACUGACCAGAAGGUUCUGGAUAUCCAAAUGUCCGAUUGGAUGCCAGUGCAACCAGGCUCGAAGCUGCUAUCCCGCAACAUGUCCUAUAUCAAACCUCUCAACGCGUCCAUGGGUCCCAAACAAACUAAAUGCGAGAUUAAAGACGAGAUAGAGCACAUCGACUUUGACCAAUACGUGUCAACGAUCACUUCGACCAGAACACCGGAUGUACCGAGUGGUGGGGUGUUUACGGUUAAGACGCGGACGUGUAUCAUGUGGGCGAGUCCGAUAUCCAGUAGGGUGAUCGUGACCACGCAGGUGGAGUGGACGGGGAGGAGCUUUAUCAAGGGGAUCAUUGAGCGUUCCGCUAUUGACGGGCAGAAGGCGUUCCACAGUGACCUGGAGAAGGGCAUGAGGGCUUAUAUCCAGGAACACAAGAGCGAGUUUGUGCCAGAAGGAAUGGAUGCAUCGGUUCUUGACGCUGCGCCCGCCGAGGAGAAACCAUCCGAAACCGCACCCGGAGUCGAAGGCGCCAAAACCAAGGAAGCCGAUCUCUCGGAGGAAGCGCGUAACAAGCAGCGAGAGCACGAGCGGAAUAGACGUGCGUUCCAGUGGGCUUUGGACACGUUUGAUGGUGCAUUCGAGGUUGCCCAGAGGUCAACGAAGGGUGCUGUCGAGCUCGUCCGGGAUGCCUGGGAUCAAUCGUCGAGCACGACCAUCCUGUACUUUGUCAUCGUCAUUCUGGUGAUCAGCAACCUUUAUACGUUGGUGAGGAUGGGGAAGAAGGAGGAGAUUGGGAGGAGGAAGGAGAUGAUGAAGGCGGAGGAGAGGGAGCGGUGGGUGCAGAGUGUGGUUAUGACGCUGUGGGAGGAGUUGGCUUCUGGGAAGAAGGAUCCGUUUGCGUUGAGGGAUCGGUAUCCGAAUGCGCCUGUGAGGUUGCAACCUGCGGAGAGUCCAAGGGCGGAGGAUACACCCGUUGUUGUGGUCGUUGAGCCGACGUCGAGUGAGACAAGUAAUCCGUUGUCGUGGAAAGAAGAGUUGGCGCAUUUGCAGGAGACGUUGGCGACGGUAGAAGAGAGAGUACGGACUAUCAAGGCGAGCAUUGCAGAACUUGAGAACUUGAACCUCAAUCAGUUAGAUUAG